CUGACCGGAGAGGAUGCAGACAGGAGCCAGCUCACCUUGCUUGAUUCACACCGAUAACAAGAACUAAUAAAGGGGGGGAUAUGUUAUAAAGCCGGUGCUAAAAAUGCACUCCCCUGUUUUGUUGCAAAUUGUAGUAUUAGUAACAUCCACUUCGUUUGCGCUGUGGACAGCAGACUUUCCCGGGAGCGACGCAUCUGUCAUUUCGCAGAUUUUGGAACCGGUCGGGAUCGCUGUAGAGUCUUCGCAGUCCUCAGCGCCGCCGCUCCACCGGCAAUAUGGAGUCGAUACGGGUAACAUUGCGUCAGCGGCAGCACGCGCCCCGGUUAAUGACAUCACCGACCCUAUUGUCAGCUCAAGGAGCCCGCCAGGUGACCAGCACCGUGAGACCGAACCGGUGAGUUUCGAGAUUGUGAAAUGGAACUGGGAACACGCUCAAAGACCCUUCCUCAUUGCGGUGUGGAUCAUGGUGGCCAGCCUGGCUAAGAUACUGUUCCACCUGUCCAGCAAGGUGACCACAGUGGUGCCGGAGAGCUGCCUGCUCAUCCUGCUGGGGCUGGGGCUGGGAGGCAUCGUCCUGGCCGCCACUAACAGGACGGAGUACCAGCUGCACCCCAAGAUGUUCUUUCUGUUUCUGCUGCCCCCCAUCGUCCUCGACUCGGGCUACUUCAUGCCCAGCAGACUGUUCUUUGACAACAUCGGGGCCAUCCUGAUGUACGCAGUCGUGGGCACUCUCUGGAACUCGUCUGCAACCGGGCUGGCUCUGUGGGGGAUCAAGCAAGCAGGGCUGAUGGAUAAGAAGGUGGACGCGGGGCUGAUGGACUUCCUUCUGUUCGGGAGUCUGAUCUCAGCUGUGGACCCCGUGGCUGUGCUGGCUGUCUUUGAAAAAGUCCACGUCAAUGAAACGCUCUUCAUAAUUGUCUUCGGAGAGUCUCUGCUGAACGAUGCUGUGACCGUGGUAUUGUAUAAAGUGUUCAACACCUUUGUGGAGAUGGGUUCAGAUAAAGUCCGCGCUGUGGAUUAUGUGAAAGGAGUUGCCUCGUUCUUCGUGGUGAGUCUGGGGGGGACAGUGGUGGGGCUGGUCUUUGCCUUCAUCCUGGCCCUCACCACGCGCUUCACCAAGCGAGUCCGGAUCAUCGAGCCCCUCUUCGUGUUCCUGCUGGUGUACCUGUCCUACCUCACCGCAGAGAUAGCCUCGCUGUCCUCCAUCCUGGCGAUGACGUUCUGUGGCCUGUGCUGUAAGAAGUAUGUGGAAGCCAACAUUUCUCAGAAGUCUCGCACCACAGUGAAGUACACCAUGAAGACCAUGGCCAGCAUUGCAGAGACCAUCAUCUUCAUGUUCCUGGGCAUCUCUGCUGUGGACACUUCCAUGUGGACCUGGGACAGCGCCCUGGUGCUCUUCACUCUCGUCUUUGUGUUCGUGUUCAGAGCCGUGGGUGUCAUUCUCCAGACCUGGGUUCUGAAUCACUUCAGACUCUGCCCUCUGGACUGGAUCGAUCAGGUGAUGAUGUCGUACGGUGGCCUGAGGGGAGCAGUGGCGUUUGCCUUGGUCAUCCUUCUGGACAAGUCAAAGGUCAAAGCAAAGGAUUACUUUGUGGCAACGACUAUUACUGUGGUUUUCUUCACGGUGAUGUUCCAGGGGCUGACUAUUAAACCUCUUGUGAAAUGGCUGAAAGUGAAACGCAGUAACCAGCAAAAGCCUACCCUGAACGAGGAGCUUCAUGAACGGGCCUUUGACCACAUCCUGGCUGCUGUGGAGGACAUUGCUGGUCACCACGGUUACCACCAUUGGAGAGACAAGUGGGAACACUUUGACAAGAAGUACCUGAGCCAGCUGCUGAUGCGGAAGUCGGCCUAUCGCAUCAAAGACGAGAUCUGGGACGUGUGCCAGAAACUGAACAUCAGAGAUGCCAUGAGCUUCGUUGACCAGGGAGGUCACGUUCUCUCCUCCGCUAAGCUGUCCCUUCCUUCCUUGCCCAGCCGGACGUCAUUUUCAGAAACCUCUUUCACAAACCUUCUACGGGAGAAUGGCAGUGGAGUGUGUCUGGAUCUGCAGGUAAUCGAUACCGUGAGAAGCAUCAAAGACAAGGAGGACACGGUGAUGCAUCACGUCCUCGCAGGAAACCUGUACAAACCACGCAAGAGGUACCAGGCGAAUUACAGCCGUCACUUCAUCAGCGCGGACGAGCAGGAGUGGCAGGAUCGCGAGGUGAUCCAGAGGAAUAUGCGGUGCCGGCUCGAGUCCUUCAGAUCCACCAAGCACAGCGUCUACCAGAGCAAGGGCAAGUCCCGCCACAAGAAGAGCCAGAAGAAGCACAGAAGCAGUGAUGUAAAUGGAGAGGUUCCCAAUGGCAAACCCAAAAGAAACAUCAGUUGGCAGGACACAGUGCCUGUUGUCAUGACAAUGGAGUCGGAGGAGGAAGAGGAAGAAAACUCAGGAGCCGAGAAGGAGGAUGAUGAAGGGAUCACCUUUGUGGCUCGAGCUGCAGACGAGGUCCUGCUGGAGGGGAAACCGUCAAGUACUCUGGGUGUGUGUCAGAGCCCCUUCCUCCUCCCCCCGUCCCCCACCUGUGCGGAGAAGGAGCUGCCCUGGAAGGGAGACCAAGGAGACCUGCCAGCCUGCGUCUCCUCGGAGACCACCAAGAUCGUGCCCAUUGACCUGCAGCAGGCCUGGAACCAGAGCAUCUCGUCCCUGGAAAGCCUGUCGUCCCCCCCAGUGUCCGAGACGCAGCAGCUCCAGCGCAGGACAGUGCCCCCGACGAGGCUGGAGGAGCGUGGGGCCCCAGGUGCCCUUGCUAGACCCCCGCUGGACCCCUUUUUCCAGUUCCCAGAACGUGCCUUGGCCGCUGGUAGAAGCAGCGAGGAGGACAGUGCGGAGUGCAUCCAGCAGCAGGAGCUCCGGCCCCUCAUGUCCCCCGACAAGCAGCCCAGACCAGGCUCAUCUACUGGGUCUGCCGGAGCCAGGUGGCCAGUCCAGUUCAACAGAGCCGCCCAGAUCUCACUCCUGAAAAAUGUAGUUACUGCCUCCCCUUACAAGGGCAGCGGCCAGACAGACCUUUAGUUACCACAUCCCCCAUCCCCCCAGCACACGUUACUUGAAUAUAGCACUUUAAACCUGAGAGGAGAUUCACUCUCUGUUAUUAUUAUUUUUAUUUUUAUUUAUUUGUUUAUUUAGCAGACGCCUUUAUCCAAGGCGACUUACAGAGACUGGGGUGUGUGAACUAUGCAUCAGCUGCAGAGUCACUUACAAUUACGUCUCACCCGAAAGACGGAGCACAAGGAGGUUAAGUGACUUGCUCAGGGUCACACAAUGAGUCAGUGGCUGAGGUGGGAUUUGAACUGGGGACCUUCUGGUUACAAGCCCUUUUCUUUAACCACUAUUAUUAUUAUUAUUAUUAUUAUUAUUAUUAUUAUUAUUAUUAUUAUUAUUGUUAUUAUUUGUUUUAUAUUUUUGCACAUGCAGAAAGGUUGAAACAGUUUUUCAGUGCUCCAGAUGUUUCUGUUAUUAACCAUUAGUCGCACAUCUGUUUUUUGAAGGAAUUGUUAAACCCAUAGUAAUACAUACAGCACAUACAUAAACACACACAUACAUAAACACACACACACACACAAACAAAUAUACAGUUUCAUUAGGGAAUGUUUAAUGUGGUUAGAUUGGUCUUUUUCGACGUAAUGUUUUAAAUUAUACACAGGAUUUUGUUGUGAAUCAAAUGGGAUUUACUUGACUGUGUGACUAAGAUAUGUAAUGUGUGCUGCAAAACUGGAAAAACAAGGAAACAAAAAAUGUAUUUUAAUUAAGACAGAGUGUAUCUUUAAACCUUCAGGUCAUUGACUAUUGUUGAAAAAAGGGAAUGCAGUGUUGUGAUAUUGCACAGAGCUGCAGGGGAGGUAAGAAUCUGUCGAUAGAGGUUUCAUUGUGAGAGGUGCUUAACCCUUACCUCCACCCACCCUCUCCAAGCGAUUACAGCAGCUACAACUAAAAUAAGCCAUUUUUAAUAAACGCCAUUACAGGAGAGUUUAAGGUGCUUCUAUUUGUUAUAGAGCCUAUUUUGGAGAACUCAGCGUUUUUAUGUGAAGUAAAAUAAUGCUAAUACUUGUUUGAAAAUCCGCUAAAGGCAUUUUGAGAAAUGAAAUCCAGUACACAAAGCCUUUUUUUAAAAAAAAUCUGUUUUGGAGAAGGUUCGAAGUUUAUUUUCAGUUUUCAAAGAAUUGUUUAAACUAAGCAAAACAUUCCUUAAAACAGUAAUUAACACACAAAUGGUGAAAACUCAGCUGGCAGGAUAUAACAUACGAACAUACGAGGUUAUAUUGGGGCCAAAUUCACAAAGCUUUAACCUGUGAGUUAAUAAAACCUUGUUUUUUUCGUAUCUGUUUUGAUUAAUUUGCUACUGUAAUUGGGCUGAGAACGUCAGUAUAGGUUUUUAUUGUUCAUACACCUAAGUUGUUACAUCUGUAAAUAUUUAAAUGUUGCUUAUUUUGUGUUCUAGUAUUUUUAUGAAUUUCAUAAAUUAGUUAUCAUCUUCUUUCAAAAAUCCUUUGUUUUAUUUGGUUUUUGCUAUAAUUGCGUGCCCUGAAAUGGAUCCGUCUGCUAUCUGAAGUAGAAUGAAAUUGCUUCAGCAGUACGCACUAUUUUACCGAAUUGACUUUCAUUUAGGUGUGUUUAUACAGCAGAGAUUAUAUAAUAGACGAAACCAAUUAGCUGCAUACCUCUGUUUCCAUCAAAUUUGUUAUUGUUUCUAUUGAUUUUAAUAAGCACCUGUUCAGAUCUGAAAAUAGACACCAUUGUGUGAAAUGAACAGAGAGGAAUGAGUCUGCCUGGCUUCUUUGGGAUUGGCCAGUUCAGCCAGUACAACACAGAAAAUCUAUUACAAGAAAAUGCAGCUGAAAAUAAAUAUCAAAGAAUAGAAACUAUCACUUUAAA